AUGAGGAAGCAGUCGGUGACCACUCUGCUAGAUAUCACUCGCGCAAAUAACAUAGCCAUAAUGUUGUCACGCAUCAAGCUGAGCUUGCCUGAAAUUCGCACUGCGCUUCUCGUAAUCGACGACAGCAAACUGAGUGUGGAUGACUUGAGAGCUAUCGGGAGACAGCUGCCUACAGCAGAAGAGGUGACUCGGUUGAAGGAUUUUGGCGAGAUCAGCAAACUCGCGAAGGCUGAUCAGUACUUCUACCAGAUCAUGACAAUCCCGAGAUUGUCGGAGCGCCUUGAAUGUAUGCUAUACCGUCGGAAGCUUGAGCUCGAAAUCGAGGAGAUUCGGCCAGAACUCAAUAUCGUUCGCAAUGCGUCGCAUGAGUUGCGCUCUUCGACUAGAUUUAAGAAGGUUUUACAGGCGGUUCUUGCUGUCGGUAAUGCUCUCAAUGGCUCUACAUUUCGUGGCGGUGCCAGAGGUUUCCAGCUUGAGGCUCUGACCAAGAUGAAAGAGACGAAGACGGCUAAAGGCGGCUCAGACUGCCCGACUUUAUUGCACUAUCUUGCAAGAGUGUUUCUCCGGAGCGAUCCUUCCCUAAUAACAUUCAUCGAGGACAUGCCUCAUCUAGAGGCCGCCGCUCGAGUCUCAAUUCAGACAACCACGUCAACCGUGACCUCUAUGGCAGAUGGCCUAAAGCAGGUCAUUACUGAAAUCUCUGUGUUGCAGAAAACAGGACUAGCGCCCCCCGACAACUUCAUUGUCGUCAUGCAGCCAUUUGUGAGAAAUAUGAGCUCCAGCGUGGAUGCUCUCAAGAAUAUGGCCAAUGCUUUGGAGAACGAGCUACGCUCCCUGUUAGCAUUUUAUGGAGAGAAUACCGAUGCGCAAGAUGCGCCGAAACCGGAAGAUUUCUUUGGUCUUAUCUUAAGCUUCUCUUCGUCGCUGCAGAAAGCUGGGUUGGAAGUGCAUGAUGCAGAAGCUCGUCUGAAUCCGCUUAAAGUAGGGAUCAAAGUCGAGGAGGCACCCUUCCCCUCGACAGAGGGAGAAUCUACGAUCAAGCAGACUGCAGACUCUCAAUUAUUACUGUCGCCUCCCCGCUCUCACAGUCGUGCUACCGGUACAUCGGUUGGGCGUGGCGACCUCGACCAAGCCAUCCGUAGCAUGCGGACGGGUCAACGUAGAGCGCGAGCUCCGAAUAGACCCCUCAGCAAGAUCUUCGUCGAUGGAGCACGGACCAGUCGCAUCAUCGAGUAG